AUGAAGUCGUUUAGUCGUAUUCGCCAACGAUGGAGUGAAAAACAGUGCAAUAUAAGCGAAAUUUCGAUGCCUACUAGUGUUGAAAAGUUGCUUCAUGUGGAAUUGGACCCAGUGACCAAAAAGUUCAAAGGACUGCCGGAAGCAUGGCAAGAUCUUAUUUCUCAGUCUAAUUUUACGGAUGAGGAGCAAAUAUGUCAUCCUGAGGAAAUCAUCAACGCUUGUCAGACGCAUGACAAAUUCAUAAAACAACAGGAGCACAAUGAAAAGUUCCUCGGUGUCAGCGGAAGUAGUUUGGAUGAUUUGGAUGAUUCGGAUAUGAAACUAUCGGGUGGUUCAGGAAUUGAAAAUGGCAAACUUGAACACAACAGUACAGGAUCUGAUUCUAGUAAUUGUCCUGAUGCUCCCAGUCCACAGACGCUUCUUGCGAAAGUAAUGAUGAGCUCUGAUCCAAAUAAACCCAAGGUGGUUGAGGCCAUUGCGUCUUCUAAGCCAUCAAAACCUUUGCUGUCAUCAAAGCCACCCCUGGCUCCGCCUGCUCUACCGCCCAAAGAUGCACCAUUACGACGAAAGGCAAAGAAAAUGACUGAUGCAGAAUUCUAUGAGGCUUUAUCGAAAAUAAUAUCUCCCGGUGAUCCGCUUGACAAAUACUCCUUAGAGAGUGUUUUGGGCUCAGGAGCGUCAGGGACAGUUCGGCGUGCUCGUUGCAAAGCCACUAACGAACCGGUAGCCAUUAAGAUCAUGAAUUUAUCCAAACAGCCCAAUCGCGAUCUAAUUAUCUCAGAGAUCCAGGUGAUGGAGCAUACCCGGCACGAAAACAUUGUGAAUUACAUUGAAUCCUUCCUCAUACGCAACGAGGAUGAGUUGUGGGUCGUCAUGGAGUACCUCGAUGGUGGUCCUCUCACAGAUGUGGUCACUGAAACUAUCAUGGAGGCACCGCUCAUUGCCGCGGUUGUUAAGGAGUGCCUCAAGGCCAUUAACUUUCUCCAUGAGAAGAACAUCAUUCAUAGGGAUAUCAAAUCGGAUAAUAUACUGUUGGACAAAUCUGGUCGUGUGAAGCUAACGGAUUUUGGUUUCUGUGCCCAGAUGGGCAGUCGACAAAGCAAGCGCCAGACAAUGGUGGGGACCCCCUACUGGAUGGCACCUGAAGUGGUCAACAAAUCGGUGAGGUACGGACCCAAAAUCGAUAUUUGGUCGCUGGGAAUAAUGAUAAUUGAGAUGUUGGACGGUGAACCACCCUACCUCAAUGAACCGCCUCUCAAGGCCAUAUACCUGAUCCAGACGCACGAGCGCCCUGAGCCAAAGUCGACAGAGGUAAGUCCUCUGUUGCGCGACUUCCUGGACAAGUGUCUCCAAGUCGAUCCUGAGAAGAGGGCGACAGCUGCAGAGCUAUUAAGCCAUCCUUUCCUGUUUGAUACUAAACCACUCUCCGGCCUCUGCGCCCUCAUAAAAGCAGCCCGGGCAAAUCUCAGCAAGCCUGAGUAA